AUGGGACGAAGAAAGCUGCGAAUGCAGCUCAUCGCCGACAAGAAAUCCCGGCUGAGGCAGUUUGAGAAGAGAAAGAAGGCCCUCGAGAAGGCGGCCCACGAGCUCUCCACUCUCUGUGGUGUCGAAAUAGGCAUGAUCGUGUACGGGCCCGAACGGGCCCGGCCCGAAAUCUGGCCAAGGGAAGCCACUAACCAGCACGUCCUCCCGGGCCUCAUCGACUCUUACGUGUCGACGCUGGGCCACGAGGGCCGGAACAAGGCAAUUGGGCUGGCGGAUUUCUUCGUGGACAGGGCUGAGGAAGCAGAGGACGAGCUGAGGAAGGUUCGGGAAAAGUCGAGGCCCGCCCGGUACCCGAUGCCCGGGGAGGACAGGUACAACUGCAUGCGGAUGGAGGAACUCGAGCAGUUUUGCGGGACCCUCGCGGCCAAGAUUCAGUCUGUCAGGGGAAGGAUCGACAUGAUGAAGGGGUCGGGGCUCGGAGGCCCGACGGGCUUCUGCGCGGGCCAGUACAAUGUUGGUUGCUCGGGGGGUGGUGAUGACGGGAAUGCGUUGAUGAUGAUGAUGAUGAUGGGGAUGACGAGCAACGGGCAGGGGCAGUAUGGGAAUUAUGCAUGUGGGCAUGGUGACGGUGGCCUGGUCCCGAACUGCGGUUUCUAUGGGGUCGGUGGUUCGGAUGGAGGAGACGCUUAUGGGUUCGGCGGGCAUGUUGGAAAUUACGCGUACGGUUUUGGGCUUGGGGUGAGUUGUAUAGGGGCAUCGAAAGACGAGUUGCCGAUGGUUUGCUCUCAUGAGGGCCAGAUUUUUGAGCAGCCGGCGCCGGCGGGGUCUUAUUACGUGCCGGGAAUUGCGAUAAUGCAUCAAUAG